CCAUUGGCCGGCUCGGCUCCGCCCAGCCCCCCGCCACAACAUGGCGGCCCCGCGCUCCCUGGGCUGGCGGCUGUCACCGCUGUGGAGGCUGUGGCAGGCCCGGGGCUUGUGCUCGCCGGGGAGGCCUUACUCCCGCACCGCCCUCUACGAGCUGCUGGGCGUCCCCUCCACGGCCACGCAGGCACAGAUCAAAGCGAUGUUCGACUUUGACGCCUUCUACCAGGCGCACUACGGAGAGCAGCUAGAGAGAGAGCGGCGUCUGCGCGCCCGGAGAGAGGCCCUUCGCAAACAGAAGGAGAGCCGGGCCAACAAGGGGCUCCGAUGGGACGACACCCGAGAUGCCACUUUCUUUGUCCUCCUUUUCCUCAUCUUCGUCUUCGUCGGCUUUCGUAUUUGAUCGGAGAAAAGGAGGGAAGGAGAACAAGCCAAGAAACUUGCCAUUUUGGACCUUUGAACUAUUGGUCGUGGGUUGGAUUGACUACCUCUAGUGGUGUUCUCUUGACUCUCCUGGCACCUUCCCAGCCUGGCCGCUCAUCGACAUAACCUUCUCCUAUGGUCCAGAAAAAAAGAAGCUCUUUCCUGGCCAAGAAAGAGGCCCCAGGGUAAAGAUACCCGGAAACCAGCAAUUUAUGUGCUGGUUUCCAGAGACCCCUGGGUGCCUGCUUGUUUCUACAAGUUGCCUUCCAGAUGUCAACUCCCUGAACAAUUGCUCUGGUUUUAUCCAGAAGCCCUGAGCAAGUUUUGUCUUGUCCCCUGCCACAUGUUUAUAACAUCGGGCAGCACUUCCUCUGUAACUUUUGAACCCUCAAGUGUCACUGGUUGUCUGCUGCCAAAGAGAUUAAUUUGGGAGGCUUGCAUGAAACUUGUCUUUCUGUGUUACCCCAAGCCAAAGGUGUGAGACUUGACCAAUGAUCCAGCAGGGGAUGUAGCCAGCUCAGAGAGAGAAUGCUAGCUAGCAUGCAGGAGACAUUGGGUUUAGUCCCCAGCAUUGCUGUCCUCGUUGUAGAGUGUCCCCCUUCCCAGCUGACAAAACAAGUUAACUAACGAAUGAUUGCCGUUUUUCUCAGGUCUGUUUCACACCACCUCUUGUCAUGUGGCAGCAAGAAAACAAAGCCCUUGAGUAUGAAGAAUA